GGCGGUGGCCCAGUUCGGAGCCGCAAAGUCCCCGCCUCCCGCUGGUCCCGGAGGCCGCGGCGUCGCGGGGCCCGCGGCGGUUGCGCGGAGGGAGCCCAGCGGGGAGAGGGCCAUGAGGGACCACUCUGGGCUUCCACUGGAGGGCCACCCGCGUCCUCCACGAGCCCUUCCACCUGUGCCAAGUGAUAUUAAAGAUGAUAUUCCACUUGGUCGUCCUAAGAAAAAGAAGCCAAGAACAAAAACCCCGCUAGCAAGUGCUUCUUUGGAAGGCCUUGUUCAGACUGCUGUUCAUAGGCCGUCUGAGAGCAGUGAGCCACCACAUAAAGAACCCAAAGAGCAUGUAGAAGCUCCUGUUCCAAGAAGACAGAAGAAGACGAGGCUACCUCUUGAAUUGGAGACUGCCUUCACCCAAAAGACAUCUAGUCCACCUUUAUUACGAAAUGAAAAUGGUAUCGAUGGGGAGCCAGCUGAGGAGCCAGUCAUUCAAAAACCUCGCAGGAAGACGAAGAAAACACAGCCAGCAGAAUUGCAGUAUGCCAAUGAGCUGGGAGUGGAAGAUGAAGACAUAAUUACUGAUGAACAGAGUAGUCCAGAACAGCAGUCUGUGUUCACUGCACCCACUGGCAUUAGCCAGCCUGUAGGCAAAGUGUUCGUGGAAAAAAGCCGGCGAUUCCAGGCCACCGACCGUUCAGAGUUGAUCAAGACCACAGAAAACAUAGACGUGACCCUGGACGCAAAGCCUUCCUGGACGACCAGAGACGUUGCACUCUCAGUGCACCGGGCUUUCAGGAUGGUUGGUCUCUUUUCUCAUGGUUUCUUGGCUGGCUGCACUGUGUGGAAUAUUAUUGUGAUAUAUGCUCUAGCAGGAAGUCAGCUUUCUGACCUCUCAAACCUUCUGCAACAAUACAAGACCUUAGCAUAUCCAUUCCAGAGUCUUCUCUACUUGCUUUUGGCUCUAAGUACAAUUUCAGCUUUUGACAGGAUUGACUUUGCCAAAACAUCAGUAGCAAUCCGAAAUUUUCUUGCUCUGGAUCCAACAGCUUUAGCCUCUUUCUUGUACUUUACUGCUCUCAUACUAUCUCUGAGUCAGCAAAUGACAAGUGACAGAAUACACCUUUACACACCUUCUUCUGUUAAUGGUAGUCUCUGGGCAGCGGGAGCUGAGGAACAGGUUCUCCAGCCAUGGAUCGUGGUGAACCUGGUGGUGGCCAUUCUGGUUGGAUUAUCUUGGCUUUUUUUGUCCUAUAGGCCAGGCAUGGAUCUUAGUGAAGAGUUGUUGUUCUCCUCUGCUGUGGAAGAAUCUCCUGAUAAAGAUAAAGGGAUCAAAGCCUCUUCCUAGUGCCUGCUCACCUUCAGAGGAAUGAUAACCCAGUAUUGAGAAUUUUUCUCAUUCUUGCUUUUAAAUGUAUUUUUGUAAGAUAUGUACAGGUGUGUUUGGAAUUGAUUUUUUUUUUAUUAUAUAAUACUGAAAAGAUUCUCAAGAUUAUGGAAAAUGUUGAAAUUGUAUCUGUAAUUUAUACCCAUUCAUUUCAAUAGCAUUACUAUCUUAAUGACAAAGGAGAUAAUGAGCUAGAAACCAGUAGGUGAAAGUGUUUAUUUCCUGUUCUCUCAAAUUAAGUGCAUUUAUAAUCAUUAGCUUAAAAAGCACUAGUACAGAAAAAGCCAAAACUUCAGUGUUACAAAAGAUGUAUCAGGUUUAAACAUAAAUUUAGGGAAUAGGGAAGAAGGGG